AUGACAUCUACAUCCAACUCCGAUCGGGAACACCACCCGUCUUUCCUCUUUUCUGAUAUACCCACGGUGGACUCAUUACUUCGGCAGGUUGAUCAACUUCAGGAAUCAGUUGACGGCGAGAUCCUAGAAGGACUUGAGGAGGAAAAUGCUCUGUUGAAACAAUCUCUUAAAUGUGGGAGACAAAAGAUGGUAUCUCUUGCUACUAUCCUUCGAGAGGCCUUUGAAGGCUACGUCGUUUUGAAUGCAUACCUUGAGAAUCUUCAAAAGGAAAAGCGUGCCAUUAGUGAAGAAUGGGCAUCUCUUCUUCAAUUUAAUAGUGAUGAAACUGUUGGUGCAGAAGAGCGGAACAGGAGAUCAAUCUAA